CUGAAAGUCAAAGGAAAAGAGACAGAGCCGAAAAGACAACUCGAGGAAGAAGCAAGGACGCAAAAUGUAUUUUUAUUUGUGAAUAUGUUGAAUGUCUAAAACGCAAGUGUAUGUUACAAAUAAUCUUAAACAUUUCCAGUGGCGAGAACGAAUCUAGAAGCGGCUUUCCAGAAGUAUGGAUAGAGUAGGAGUGAAUGUGAUUGAAACAGCAGCUCUAGGGAGACCCUUCCAGCUGGGGAUGCUGUACGACUGCAGGAAAGAUGCUCUUAUACCAGGAAUCACACUGUGGGAUCCAGAAAAGCUCCAGCAGAGCAUACGAACCCGUCCCCAAAUUAACACCAAUUUCAAAGUCAGGGCUUCAGACUCCAUUGAGGACAAAUCAAGCUUACUGAACAUCGACAGCUCUCUGAAACUCAGUCUUUUAGCUGGACUGGUCAAUGUGACAGGAGCAGCAGAAUAUCUUAACAACACCAAGAUGUCUUUCAGACAGCAGAGACUGACGCUGCAUUAUCACUCAACCUGCAGAUUUGAAGAACUGACCAUGAACCACCUGGCACCUGAAAAUAUAAUUCAUCAUGAGGUGUUUGAUAAUGAUGCAGCGACACAUGUGGUGACAGCAGUGCUGUAUGGAGCAGACGCCUGCUUUGUGUUUGACAGAGAAGUUUCAGCAGAUGAGAAAUAAAGACAGUAGAAGGAGAAGCAAAAGUGGUCCUUGAGAAACUCAAAUUCAUUUCAGGAGAUGCAAACAUCAAUCUGAAGAUGAAUGAAGAUCAGAAGAAUGCAGUCCAGAAAUUCACAUGCACAUUUUAUGGUGAUUUCCAGUUACCGUCUAACCCGACCUCUUUUGAAGAAGUGCUGAAGGUUUUCACUGAUCUUCCAAAACUGCUGGGAGAAAAGAAAGAGCUGGCGGUUCCUCUGAGAGUUUGGCUUCAUCCUCUGGACAAACUUCACACAAAAGCUUCAAAACUUCAGAAACACAUCAGCAUGGAUCUAAUCACGAUGACUGAAUCAGUGAUUGAGAGUUUAAAUACAACUGAGAUGAAAUGCAGUGAUCUUCUUAAAGACUCUCCUGCUCUGACUUUUGCUCAAUUUCAGAAUAAAAUACUGCAAAUGAAGCAAAACUGCAACAAUUACAAACUGAGACUCAUGAAGAGACUUAGCUUUCUGCUGCCAAACAUCCGUGGAGACAAGAUGAAGGAAACUGAGCUGAAUAAUCUUCUUCAAGAACAUGAUGAGUCUCCAUUCAGAGGAAGAGACCUCACAGAAUGGAUGAAAGAGAGAGAAAGUGAGUCUGAGAUCAUUAAAUCAGUCCUCAGACGGCUGAAGGAUGCUGGUGCACAGGUGAAAGUCAAUCUAGAUGCCAUCUGGAUGGAUUUGGAAGAUGAAAAUCUGGUCUGUUACACAUUCACAUCAUUGGACUGGACAGAUGUGCUGCUUCCUAAACAAACCAAUUAUCUGAACCCUUCAACAAAAGGAGAAACUGAUUCAGAGCAAAAGUCUUGGCUCAGUUCUGAUGUCAUGAAGAACAUGAGGAGCAACGUGGAGAUCUUUAAAAAGUUGAUGGAUUCAAAAGACUGUAAACCAGCCAGGUUCAUUGUGUCCUCAAGAGAAAUGAAGAAUAAUCCUGGUUCCUGCAUUCUGCUGUAUGAACAUGGAUGUGAUGAAGCUGUUUGUUUUAUUCCUCCAUCCAAACCAGUCUGUCCAGUCACUGAAGAGGUCAAACAAAACACAGUGGUUCUGAAGGUUCCUCCAUCAUGUGCUGAUACAGUGGAGCUCAGAUUACUGUAUAAACUGAAGCAGGACUCAGUCUGGACGUCUAAACCUGUGAUGAAGAAUCAAAACACAGUUACUCUGACUGAUCUGAGAUCAGCAACUGAGUAUGAGAUCAGAUGGGCAGCAGUGGGGAAACUCAACUACAUCACAGAUGGUGACGUCAUCAGAGUCACUACAGAGGGAAGAAACCGAUCAGUAAUGGAAUACUGUGGUUUGAUGAAUCAAGGAGCCACCAGCUACUUGAACGCAGUUCUGCAAACCCUUUACAUGACACAGGAGUACAGGGAACAUGUGAUGAGACUGGAGAGAAGAGAGGAUUCCUCUGAUGGCGACUUCAUUGAAGAGCUGAAGUCACUGUUUGAUAAAUUAGACAAAGAGUCUCGUCCAGUUUCAACAGCUGGGAUCUCAAGGAGCCUCGGCAUCACUGAUGUUUAUAAACACAAAGAUGCAGCAGUGUAUCUGGAUUUGAUUCUGAGCAAAACUCCUGAACCCUCUGAGAUUUUUAAGGGCACUACGAAGAAAACUGGUACAUGUGAUUCAUGCAACAACGUUAUAUCAGAACAGAGUGAUUUCUUCACAAUGAGCAUCUCUCUUACAGAAUCAAAUAAUGUGGGCUCUGCUUUGAAGAAACACCUUGAUCAAAUGCGUGAAUCUCCUCUAAGCUGCAGACGCUGUUCAGAUAGAAAAACCAAGACAAAUAGGAGUGAUGUUGACUUUCCACAAAUACUGAUUCUACGAUUAAGAAAUGUUAAAGAUGACGACCUGAGAAUUCCUGCACAUACUGAGGUUUCCUCCCACAGCUAUGAUCUGUUUGCCAUAAUAAACCUUUAUGGUACAUUGAAGGAUGGACACUAUAACACAAACAUCAAAUCUGAUGAUGGAAACUGGUACCGAUGUGAUGACAGCCGUGUGUUUCAGAUUCCUGAGACAAUGGUUGCACACAGGAAUCCAUUCAUGUUUAAUGUGACAAGACAUAUUCGGAAAAUGUUAGGUCUGGGCGAUUCAAUCAGGUCACCGGCGUAUCUACUCUUGUACAAACGCUGAAUUGCCAGUACUAAAUGAACAGAGAGUGGAACAGCAUCUGAGACAAAAUGAAAAUCAAAAACACACAAUAAGCAAAACCGAACCUGGUUUAAAGGCUUCCAGUCUAUAACUGUAAAUGCUUUUUCUUUUUUUCUUUUUUUUGGAAAUAUCUCCAUUCAGCAGCUGAUGAUUUGAGACCAUUGUGUCAUAUAAGAGAAAUAUUCAUAUUGACGGCACAUUGGUCUCCUGCAGCAGGAUUAUAAAAUACUGCUCUAUAUACUAAACUAGUUUGAAGUUGAAAUCAAAAUUAAUUUCAUUCUCUUACAUGAAUAUAGUAAGACUUGCUUGAUAAGAAUCAUAUAACUGUCAAAUAUUAAUAAAACUAAAUAAUGAUUAAGUGUUUAUAAAGUCAGUCUAAUUAUCCACUGACACAUGUAGAAUGUAAUCCGUCAUGCAAUCUAAUAAAAUAUAUAGAACGAGACUGUGAUGAACACAAUCAAGACAAAGAAUCCUUAUGAGCUGAUGGGAAAAAUAAUGGAACAACUGGAAUAAAAAAUGAUCAAUGACACUGUUAUAAAAGGAUAUUGUUCAGAAUAAUAUGAAUUCAUGUAAACCAGUAGUGAUGUUUAUUAUAUUAAAAGUCAGUACUGUGAUCACAUAAGAUGAAAUAUGUCACAUAAAUAUAUUUGCAUGUUACAUGGAAUAAACAGAAACACUGACUGUGAUCAAUACAUUGCCUGACACCUGUCAAUAUUAUAACAAUAAACUGUAUACUAAUACCCUGGAGUCAGCAUUUUUAAUUAUUAUUUUUUUAUUAACAUGAUCUCAUUCAUAUUAAAAAAACAAACAUUUUCCAAGUAGAAAUCUUUUUAAAAAUCUUUUUAAAAAUCUGUUUCAUGAGUGCUGUAGUGUGUGAUUCAGCAGCUCUGUCUGAUAUUUUGUGACGUUGAAAUUAAAUUUUUUGUUUGUAGUAAGUUUACA